CCGCGAAAGCUCACACGCGCGCAAAUUGCGAUCGUGAACAAAUACCUGCCAAGCUUCCCGUACACUACAACGUCGACGAUAAACCACAAGAUGACGGCGGCAGCUUUCUGGAAUGAGGCCUUCUUUGAAGUCGGCCCGCCGUCUUCAAAAUCGACCAACAGUGGCAAGCGCAGCCAGAAUUCAUCGGGAUCUACGCGGAUUACGCAACUCUACGACACGUUCUAUUCGUAUCUGGACCACAACUCGCCAGCACUCAAGCCAAUCUUCCGAUCCUCCAUGGUCGUGCGAAGCAAGGUACUGGUCCACAUCAGCGCCGGCUUGAGAACGAUCCUUACCGGGGACAAUAUGGUGGAGCGCGUUGAGAGUCUGACACGCACCCAUCUUCGGUUUGGUGUCAAGAUGGAGCACUACGAUCCCCUCGGGGUCGCCUUAAUAUUCGCCAUGAAGGAGUGCUCAGGGGCGCUUUGGUCGCCGCAGGUCGAAGAAGCUUGGCGCCGACUGUACGCGCACUGCUGCGUCAUCCUGCUCGACUCACAUCGACGAGCGAUGGAGCAGCAGGCGACGUCCAAGGGUCGAGAAGCGGGCAAG